GAGAGCUGUCCCCAUAACUCUCUGAUCACUAAGAACUUGAGACACAGAGGAAGCUGUUGAAUGAAAUGAAGAUGAAGUUAUCCGCUGCCCUGAUAAUGAUGUGCCUGAUAACAGCAGUAAUAUGGUCCAUCCCUGAAGUUUAUGGUGCAACAGUGCCACACUGUGAGUCUUAUCGCUUACCUGGAUGUCCAAGAAAUCUGAGUCCGGUUUGUGGAACUGACGGAAACACAUAUGCAAACGAGUGCAUACUAUGCUUUGCAAACAGAGACAGUGGGCGGUUGGUUCUGAUUAAGAGGAAUGGAGAAUGUUAAAAGAAUGGCAUUAAAGUUUGGAGAAAGGAAGACGGCGGUCCUUCUAAAACAACAUUCAUCUCAUGUAACUGCUCUGAUAAAAUUAAAAAAAGAUCAUUGUU